AUGGACUAUUCCUAUGAUGAGGACCUGGACGAGCUCUGUCCGGUCUGCGGGGACAAGGUCUCCGGGUACCACUACGGGCUGCUCACCUGCGAGAGCUGCAAGGGUUUCUUCAAGCGGACGGUGCAGAACAACAAGCACUACACCUGCACCGAGAGCCAGAACUGCAAGAUCGACAAGACCCAGCGCAAGCGCUGCCCCUACUGCCGCUUCCAGAAGUGCCUCUCCGUGGGGAUGCGCCUGGAAGCUGUGCGUGCAGACAGGAUGCGCGGCGGGAGGAACAAGUUUGGACCCAUGUACAAGCGGGACCGUGCCUUAAAGCAGCAGAAGAAAGCUCUGAUCCGUGCCAAUGGCUUCAAGCUGGAGACCGUGCCUCAGAUCAUGUCCCCGGUGCAGAACGACUACAGCCUGUCCUCCACCAUCCACAGCAUCCACGCCAUGUCCAAGACCUUGCCGCCCAAUCCUGCCGCCCUGACGCCCGUCGACUACGAGCGCAGCCCCUACGGGACGCCCUCCCUGGGAAUGACUGUGCCCAGCCACGUGCCGCUCGCCAGCUACCACUACCCCUCCUUCCCCAACCGCACCAUCAAGUCCGAGUACCCGGACCACUACACAAACGCGCACGAGUCCAUGCCCGCCUACGUGUACCCAGAGACCUACCCCAGCAGCUCCCCCCCCGACAUCCCCGAGGUCAUCCUGAAGCUGCUGCAGCUGGAGCCCGACGAGGCCCAGGUGAAGGCACGGAUACUGGCCUGCCUGCAGCAAGAGCAAGGCAAGGGCCGGCACGAGAAGCUCAGCACCUUCGGCCUCAUGUGCAAGAUGGCCGACCAGACCCUCUUCUCCAUCGUGGAGUGGGCACGGAGCUGCAUUUUCUUCAAGGAGCUGGAGGUGGGCGACCAGAUGAAGCUGCUGCAGAACUGCUGGAGCGAGCUGCUGGUGUUCGACCACGUCUACCGGCAGCUGCAGCACGGCAAGGAGCACAGCGUGCUGCUCGUCACCGGCCAGGAGGUGGACAUGUCGACCAUCGCAACCCAGGCCGGCUCCAUCCUGAACACGCUGAUGCUGCGGGCGCAGGAGCUCGUCCUGCACUUGCACUCGCUCCAGGUGGACCGGCAGGAGUUCGUCUGCCUCAAGUUCCUCAUCCUCUUCAGCCUCGACGUGAAGUACCUGGACAACCACACGCUGGCUAAGGACGCUCAGGAGAAGGCCAACGCGGCGCUGCUGGAGUACACCGUCUGCCACUACCCCCACUCCACGGACAAGUUUCGCCAGCUGCUGCUGCGGCUGGCAGAGGUCCGGGCGCUGAGCAUGCAGGCGGAGGAGUACCUCUACCACAAGCACCUGAGCGGCGAGGUGCCCUGCAACAACCUCCUCAUCGAGAUGCUGCACGCCAAGCGGACUUGA